AUGGAGGCCAGCAUGAACCUCCUGCACGACACAGGCAUCCAGGCAACGCGCUGGCUGCAGGAGCACUUCCAGGGCUCCCAGGAGUGGUUCCUCUUCAUCUCCUUCGCCGCUGACCUCAGGAACGCUUUCUUCAUCCUCUUCCCUAUCUGGUUCCACUUCAGCGAGUCGGUGGGCAUCAGACUCAUCUGGGUGGCCGUGAUCGGUGACUGGCUCAACCUCGUCUUCAAGUGGAUCCUCUUUGGGGAGAGACCGUACUGGUGGGUCCACGAGACGGACUAUUACAGCAACACCUCCGCCCCACAGAUCCAGCAGUUCCCGCUUACCUGCGAGACCGGCCCUGGGAGCCCCUCCGGCCAUGCUAUGGGUGCAGCAGGCGUGUACUAUGUCAUGGUGACGGCCUUCCUCUCCACUGCCAUGGGGAAGAAGCAGUUGAGGACGUUCAAAUACUGGGUGCUGUGGACGGUGCUUUGGAUGGGGUUCUGGGCAGUUCAGGUCUGCGUCUGCCUGUCCCGAGUCUUCAUUGCCGCCCACUUCCCCCAUCAGGUCAUUGCAGGAGUCAUCUCAGGGAUGGCUGUGGCCAAGACCUUCCAGCAUGUCCGCUGCAUCUACCACGCCAGCCUCCGGCGGUACCUGGGUGUCACCUUCUUCCUCUUCAGCUUUGCCAUGGGCUUCUACCUGCUGCUGCGGGUACUCGGCGUGGACCUACUCUGGACGCUGGAGAGGGCGCGGAGGUGGUGUGAACGCCCCGAGUGGGUCCACAUUGACACCACCCCCUUCGCCAGCCUCCUCCGUAACCUGGGCAUCCUCUUUGGGCUGGGGCUGGCCCUCAACUCCCACAUGUACCUGGAGAGCUGCCGGGGGAAGCAGGGCCGGCAGCUGCCCUUCCGCCUGGGCUGCGUCGCUGCCUCCCUCCUCAUUCUACACCUCUUCGAUGCCUUCAAGCCGCCCUCCCACAUGCAGCUGCUCUUCUACGUCCUCUCCUUCUGCAAGAGCGCGGCUGUGCCUCUGGCCACUGUCGGCCUCAUCCCCUACUGCGUCUCCCAGCUCCUGGCCAUGCAGGACAAGAAGGCUGUCUAG